AUGAAAUAUGAAAAUAAUUGGUAUUUUUUUGGGAUUGUAAUUAUUCCGUCAGAAUAAAGUUUUAGGUUUUCUAUUUUAUAAGGAGAAAUUUUAGUAGGAAGUGAACUAUUCUAAAUUUAAAAUCAAUUCAAAGAUUAAGAAUUAAAGAUUGUUUUUGGAGGAGGUUUAAUUGUAGAACAAUCGUAAAUUCUCAAAAUUAAAGAGACUUCUUAACUUUCUUAUUUUCCAGGAAAAUUAAGUGUAUUAUACCCAUCAUAAAGUAUUAGAGUAUAUAAUGAUUUUGGAUAUGAUUUAUUAAAAAGAUAUUCGAUAAUGUACAAUCCAGAAUGUAUUUGUGAUAUUAAUUAAAUAUAAAAUUUACCUGAUUUUUAAAUUACUAAGGUAAAUCAAGAUAUGUUUGCUUCAGAAAAUAAAAAUUGUGAUGAAUUUUCAUUAGAAACUUGGAUUAAAAUUGAAGAUUUUCGUAUAGUGGAUUAAUAAUUUGUUUAUAAAUUGAUGAAACUAUCAGCAAAUUUUGAAAAUAAUUAUGCUAAUAAUGAGAAAUUAUCAGCAUUUUAAUUAUUUUAUGAAUUUUAAGAUUCUUAAAUAAAAAUAAUAGUUACUACAUAUAACAUUUUAUUUCCACUAGUUGAUUAUUAUAUGGAAUAAUAGUUAUUAAAAAAAGAAUGGAUUAUUAAUAAUAAUAUUAAAUUAUGGCAUUUUUUAUCUGUAAUUUUAAGUUAAAAUGUAUUAAAUAUAUAGAUAACAUUUUAUGAAGGAUUUCAUUAAAUUAUAUAUGAAACUUAAUUUAUUGUUAAUUAAUUUCAUGAAGUUUAAUUUAAAUUUUAAUAUGGAAAUUUAUUAUAAUAAUCAUCUAAUUAUUUAAUUGGAAUAUUAAAGAGCAUAAAAUUUGUAAAUAAUGUACCUAAUUUUAAUAAUGUAAAAGCUUGUCAUUAUAGUUGUGAGGAAUGUGAAGGUCCAACAAAAACAGAUUGUUUAUCUUGCCCUAAUAAUUCUAAACGAAUUUAUGUUCAAAAAUAUAAAGUAUGUUUAUGUCCAUUUAAUUAUAUUGAUGAUAUAGAAUGUAAGGGUUUAGAGGAUUAUUAAUUAUUUGCUUAAAAUUUAAUAUAAGAUUUAAAGUAAAAAUGUCCUUAAGGAUAUUUUAAUUAGGGUGAAUAGUGUUAAAAAUGGUAAUAAAUAUAGAAUAUAAUGUAGUCCUUCUCAUAUUAAGGAUAAUUUUAUAACAUGUUUAGAAUGUAUUUAAAAUCCAAAUGAUUGGUAAAAUAAUCCUUAUUGUUAAACUAAUUUAUAUAUGGAUGAUACUGAAAGUCCAGCUAAUUAUUUAAUUGAUUAAUAACGAAGUUUUUAUAUAUUUGAUGGAAUUUAGACAAAACUUUGUUAAUUAUGUUUAAAUCAAGAUUUAUAUAAUAUUGAGAAUAUUUAUAAUGACUUUUUGGAGACAAAUAUAAUAUUUAAUAAAUUAUGUUUAUAAUCAAAUCGAAAUUCAAAUUGUUAUUCUUGUUCUAUUAAUAAUUGUGAAAUAUGUUUUAUGGAAUUAUCAUAAUAAAUUUGCUUAAAAUGUUUUAAGUUCCAUACUUUAGUAAAUGGAAAUUGUAAUUAAAAUAUUCGUGGUUUAAGAUUAAUAAACAAUUGCACAAUGCCUUAUUAUAUUACAUCUGAGAUGAAUUGUAAAUUAUGUGAAAUAGAAUAUUGUUAAUAUUGUUUUGAAUAUAUAAGUAAUGAUUUAAGCAAAUCUACACUAUAUAGUUAAUUUGAAACCUUUAAAAUUGAUGAAUUUCAUAAAGUAGGUUGUGCAUUAUGUUAAAAGGGAUUUAUAUUUGAUUUUAUAAAGGGAAUAUGUAUAUAUUAAUAAUCAACACUUCCAAAUUGUUUGAGAUCUUUUAUAAAUUUAAUAGGUUAAGAAUAAUGUACUUUAUCAGCUAUUUAAGAUUUUUAAAUUGCUCCUGAAAUUAUAAAUUGUUAACGUUAUAUAUCUAAUUGUAAAUAAUGUAUCUAAACACCUUAAUCAAUUGUUAAAUGUAUUAUUUGUGAAGAUGGAUAUUCAAGUUCAUUAACAACUGGUCAUUGUACAAUAUGUUAAUAAGAAUAUGCAAAAGUUUGUAUAGAAGGAGACUAUACAAAAUAAGAUGCUUGGAUUUAAUUAAUACAAAGUUUCUUAAUGCAAUUCUUGCCAAAUAAAUAUUUUUAUCCUAAAUCAACACAAAUUUAAUAUAUAACACCUUUACCAAUUUAAUGUAUUGAUAAUUAUGAACUAAAUUAAAAUUUUUGUAGAUUAUUUUGUGAUUAAAAUUGUAUUUUAUGCAAAAAAGAAAUAAUACCCUAUGAUGGAUUUAUUUGUAAAAAAUGUUCUCUAAAUUAUUAUAUGGAACAUUUAAAAUCUAUAAAAAAAGGAAAAUGUAUUACUUGUCCUUUACUAUGUUAAGUUUGUUAAGAAAGAACAACUUAAGAGAUUUAAGUAUUAAUUAAUAUUAUUUAAUUAUAGUAAAUUAAUCCUGAAUUCUUAAUAAAUGAUUUCAAUAUCAUUUACACCUAUAAAUGUAUCUAAAAAAGACAAAACUCAAAUGUUAUUUUAGAUCCUUAUUAUUAGAUUGCUAAAUAUUGUUUUAAUGAUAAAUGUGAUAGUCUAAUAUCAUAUACAGUAAACUUAUUUUUCAAUUAUUUUUAGGUAAACAAUUGUAAUUUUUAAAUUUUUGAUGAAUCUGGAUAUGGUAAUAUUGAGGAAGAAAUCAAUUUUCAAUACUUAAAUCAUAUUGGAACAUAAAAAUUUUAAUUAAUUAUUCUUAUUUAAGAUAAAUGUUCCUUAUAUGAAAUGGAUAUUUAAUGGUUAUCACUCACUAAUAAAUUAAGAAAAAAUAUUUUUUCCUUAAUUUGGGUAGAUCUGAUAUUUUAAGGAAAUCAUUCUCCAGCCAUAUAUGAAUCAAAAAUAAAAAUAUAUAAUUUUGAUUCUAUAACUUUAGACAAAAUAUUAUUUUAAGUAUUAGAAUCUUUAGAAUUAUAUAUACCUAAUUAUAAUACAACUUUAAUAAUUACUGAUUCAAAUUUUUAUGCUAUAGAUAGUAAUCCAAAAAAAAUAUAAAUUUAAUUAGAACAAUGUUUUCAUUUUGAAUUCAGGAAUAUUACCUUAAGAGAUUUAAAUCUGUUAAACUCUGUAAUUUUUCUAAUAUAAUUUCAAACUUACGAUAAUAAUAUCAACUUAUUGGAUUUUACAAUUCGAAAUUGCAAUUUGACUAAUACAACUAUCUUCUAUUUAAACAAUCUCCCUAAAAAACUUGUUAUUUAAAAUGUUAGAAUUGAAAAUUGUUAAUUUUAUAAUUCAACGAUUUUUAAUCUUAUAUAAGAUAUUAAUACUCACUCAAAUAUAAAUUUUAACUUAUUACAAAUUACUGAAUCGACUUUUUUUAAUUCAAUUUUAAUUAAUAGCAAAUAUAUCAAUUUACUUAAUUUUUCUCAAAUUUUAUUAAAAUAGAACUAAAUUGAAAUUUCUAAAUUUUUAUAAUUUUAAAAUAGUCUAAUUAUAAAGAAUUUCAAAUUAGAAGACAACUAAUUAUUUUAGUCAUUCAUAUUUUAUAAAAUGUAAGAAAAUUUAAGAUAAAUUAAUUUGUAAAUGGAUUCAUUUGAUAUUUAGAAUAACGUUUUAAUUAAUACUUCAUUAGUUUUUAUGGAAAAAUAAUCAACUAUUUAUUAAGUAUACAUUAAUUUAACUAACUUUUACCUUAAUGAAAACAGAAUUCCAAAAGCAGUAAAUUUUUCUACAUUUUUAUUUCAUAUUACUUGUUAUAGCAUAUAAAUAAAAUAAUUUUAAAUAAUAAAUUCAUAUCAUCUUCAAUACUUUUAUCUACUAAGUGUUACUUUAAUUAAUGUAGAAGAUUUAUUAUAUGCUAAUUAAAUAUAAAAAAAUAGAGUAGCAAAAUCUAUUGAAUGUUUAGAAAAUAAAAUAGAAAAUUCACAAUUAUUUUAAAUUUAAGGCUUUUCUUAUAUAUCUAUAGAAAAGAUACAAAUUAAAAACCAAUAUAGCAUAGACUAAUCAUUUAUUUAAAUAGUAUCUGAUUCAUUAGCAAUAGUAAGUUAAAAUGAGAAAAUUAAAAUAAAGGAUUUUUAUUGUAUAGGAAAUAUAAUAUUAAAAAAAAAUUUAGGUUUUAUGAUCUCAUAAUUAGCGAUAUACUCUGAAUAAUAUCAAAAAAUUGAAUUAGAUAACAUUCACUUUUCAGAAAAUAGUUUUAAUCAGUUUUACGAUGAUCCAGCAUAAACUACAUCUAGUUUAUUAUUUAUUAACUCUUAAUAAAGUUCUGUAUUUAUUGAAAAUUUAAUCUCAUAAAAAAAUGCAUUAACAAAUUCAACCAAUUCAUUUAUCUAUUUAAAUGUUAUUUAAAUCCAAAUUAUUAAUUUGUUUGUGAGUAAUCAUAAUUAAAUAAUUCAAUCAUACUGGAAUUAAUAUUUUAAUAUAGAUUUUAAUCAAAAUUUUGAUUAAGAAAUAAUUAAUUAAAUAAUUAAUAAAGUAUUUACUAUUUAGAAUAAAGGAGGUGCAUUAUCAAUUAUAACAGAAUAAAUAUCUAUUAAGAAUUGUUAUUUCAAAGAAAUAUUGGCACAUAGUAGUUUUAUACUUGAUAUAAUUACUUUAGGUUAAGGGAUUGUUUAAAUAUAAAAUUGUUCUAUUAAAUAAAGUUAAAAUAUUUAUUCAUAAGUUGGAGAAGUUGAUGGAGCUAUAUCAAUUUAUUCAAAAAAUAGUUUAUUCUAUUUAAAUUUUUAAGACAUAACUUUGAGAAAUAUACAUAAUAGGUUAAGCUCAUCAAUUCUAUCUAUAAUUCCUUCUACUAAAUAAAAUGUAUUAAAAUUUAAAAAUAUACUAAUUGAAAAUUGUUUUUCGUUAAUGAAUCAAUUUAUGAAAAUUUAAUUUUAAUUAUUGAGUAUUUAAUCAAAUAUUGUUGAUAUCUAGAAUAUUUCAAUAAUUUAAAAUGAAAAUUAUUUGGUUGAAUACUUUAAAAAAAUUGGACUGAUAACUAUUUAUGAAAUUUAGAAAAUAACAAAAGAUAAUGCUUUUAUAAAUCUUUAAGGAUGUAACUUAUCAAUCUAAAAUUUAACUUUUUAAGGAAUAUUAUUAUAUCCAAUAUUAAUAAUUAUGGAUUCAUAAUCAAUUUAUUUGGUAAAUUUUAUGAUUUAUGAAAUUAAAUCAUUUUAUCCCCUUAAUAUAUUAUAUAUAGGAUAAAUAUCAUCUAUAAAUUAUUAAGUCUUUAUAUAAAAUAUUGAAAUUAUUAAUUUAUAAUUAUUUGAUUACUGUAAAUCCUAGACUGUUAUAAUUGAAUAAUCUAAAUUAUAAGUAGAUGACUUAAAGUGUAAUAUAAAUUUUACAAUUAUUACAUAAAAUUAAAAUAGUCCUUUAAAAUUAUCUUGGAUUUUAGAUUAAAUUGUUCUAUUAUCAAAUAAAAAGGGAUCUAUAAUAUAUUUUUCAAGUAUGCAAUCUUAAAACAAGAUUAAAUUAUUUUAAAUACUGAUAUUUAAUAAUGAUUGUUAAAAUUGUUGGAAUGGAAUAAUAUUUUUUGAUUUAAUCUAAUAUUCUUCAAUUUAUAUAUCUGAAUUUUAGUGUAUAAAAAAUAUAAUAAAGAACAAUGGAUGCAUAGUUGCUAAAUCAUUAAACUAAUAAGAAUCUAAAUUAUGUAUUAUAAAUUCCAUUUUUAAUAUGAAUAAUGGUACAAUAGGAACAGCUAUAAAUGCUGAGAAUGUAAUAGUUUAAAUUAAAAAUUCAAAAAUAUUAAAUAACAUUGCUACUUAAUAAGGAGGAGCUCUUUAUCUUUCAAUCAAUAAUAAUUAAUUUCUUAUAUCUUAAACAAUAAUAUAUAAUAACAAAGCUUUAACAGCAGGAGCAAUUUAUUUCGAGGGAAAUAACAAUAUAAAUGAAUAUAAUUUUCAUAAUUCCUGGAUGAAAUUAAAUACUGCAUAACUAUAACCAGAUAAUAUUUAAGAAAUGCCAACCUAAUUAGUUUUAUCAAUUAAUGAUGUUAAAAUGAAAACAAUUUAGAAAAAGAUAAAUAAUUUUUACAGAAACUCUUUGAUUUUAAAACCUUAUAAAAUAAUAUAACAAGGAAAAUAAUAUUUUUCAAAAGAAUUACUUAUCCCUAGUAAUUAAGAAAUUAUUAAUUAUAAAAUUUAUAAUCAAAAGGAACUCAAAUUUCAAAAAUAUAUUGAAGAAUUUUCUAUAUCUUAUCAAAAUAGUUUAUAAGAAUAUUUAUCAAAUUUUUCAAAUUCUUCAUGUGAUGUUAUCAUAUAAACUUUAUCAAAUAAUAUUUUAGAUAUAAUCGAUUCAAAAAAAGUUGGAUCAGUUUAAUAUAAUUUUGAAACAAAAAACUUUGAUUUAGGUAAAUUAUCAUUAACAAUUGAUCCGUAUAAAAACGAUAACUAUAUUUAAUAAAUUUAGAUUAUUUGUCAUCUUAAUUAAGUUGAUAGUUUAUUGUAUGAUAUUGAAAUUAAAGGAUUUAUGUGUUAAUUAGGAGAAUUUUAUGUUUUAUAAGGUUGUUAAAUAUGUUAGCCAAAUUAAGGCUAUUACUCAGUUACUUACAAUACUACAAAAUGUUCGAUUUUUGAUUAAAAUAAAUUUAAAUCUAUAACUUCAAAUUAAAUUUAACUUAAAAUUGGUUAUUGGCGACCAAAUUAUUAAUCAGAUUAUAUAGAAAGUUGUUUUAAAUUAUAAGAAAAUUGUGAAGGUGGAUGGUUUGUCUCAAACGAUUUAUGUAAAAUAGGUCAUAUAGGAGGUUUAUGUGAAGAAUGUGAUAUAUAUAAUAUAAGAGGAUAAGGAAAUUAUUAUAAAAAUUAAUUAAACUCAAUUUGUCAAGAUUGUAGAAAUUCCAAGGAUAAUGUUUUACCUUUUAUAUUUACUUCAAUAUGGUAAUAUACUAUUAUAUAAAUAAUUUAGGGUUAUAAUUUCCACUAUCUUAACCUUAAGAAGUAUUGACAAAUCAAAUAAAUUAUUUUCUUCUUUAAAAAUAAGAUAAAGAUUUGCAAAAAUUAUCUUUAAGUUAAAUUAAGGUAACUUUAUAAGAUAAUAAUUAGAUCAUGAAAGUAUUUUACUUAAAUUAUUUCUUAAUUAUGUUUGGAUAUUUUCAGUAAUUUUUACUUUUAAUAUUAAUUUUUAAUUUUCUUUUUCAUUCAUAAAUUAAACUAGUAACACUUCUUAUUUUAUGGCUAAUAAUUUGGAUUGUUUUUUAUCUGAGAACUAAAAUAUCUAUUUAAUUUAUAAUAGAAUAAUAACAACAAUUUUAUUAAUGAUAGUCUAAUUAUUAUUGAUUUAUUUAGGAUUUUAAAUGUACUGUAUAAUAAAAAAGUAAAAAUUUAAUAGCAGUAUGAUAUCAACAACAUUUUUAUAUUUAUAUGUUUCAAAUUAUGCUUCAUUAAUAAAACAGUAAAAUUAAUAAUUUAUUAUCUUAGAUUUUUUUCUUUGUUGGCAACAAGAAUUAUUUCUAAUAUAGAGUAUGUUUAAGGAGAUGUAUCCUUAUAUUAUUAUUCAACAAAUCAUUAAAAAUGGAUAAUUGGUUUUGUAUCUCCAGGUUUAGGUUUAGUUGGAUGUCUAAUACCGUUUUCUCUCUUUUUUCUUUUAUACUUAAAACGAGAACACCUAGAUUAAAUAAAAUUUAGGAGACAUAUAUGUUAUUUAUUUAAUGAAUACAAUAAUGAAAAUUACUUUUGGGAAUGGAUUAAAUUAUGGAAAAAAACAGUCAUAAUAAUAAUUAUGACAUAUUUUGAAACCAAUAUAUUUUUAAAAGCUUCAUUACUUGGAUUAUGUUUGUUUCUCUAUUAAUUAUAUGCAGUCAAACAAAAACCUUAUAUAAUUAAAAAUUUAAAUCAACUAGAUGUAUCUACAGGAUAAAUAUGUUCUGUUGCAAUAUUUUUAGCCUCUAUUAAUUAUGUUAGUGAAUAAUAAGAAAAUUUAUAUUCAUCAAUGUUUAUAUAAUUGCUUUUGGUUUUACUUUGUUUAAAAUUGAGUUUUCCAUUUUUUAUUGAUUUAUUAAGGGUAUACUACAAAAAAUACAAAAUUUCAAUGUUAAAUAAUUUAUAUUAAGUUUUGAAAUUCAUUAAAUAAAAUUCAUGUCUAACUCUUUAUGUAAAUAAGUUAAUUAUUAAAAUGAAGUAAAGAGAGUUCAAAUUAAAAACAAAUAUAAUUAAAUUAAGAUAUCAUUUAUUAUAAAUAUCUAAGUUUUAACUAGAAUAAUAAAAGUAUUAAUUUUAUUAAACUUAAGAUCUUUAGUGA